AUACCAUUACGGGCAUCCGGUUGCUUCGCUUUCGCCAAAAGCAAAGGAAAGGAAACCCAGGGCCAAUGUCCGACCACUCUUCACAAUGAGAGCCGAAUUCUUCACGGAUUUUCUGCACGAAGGUCUCAUUUCGUAUGUGAAAUCUACAGUCCUCGUCAUGUGACUGGAGAUUCAAGAACAGGGUCAUUUUCCAUUCUCGAUUUCCUGCCAAAAUAUUGGAUCUUUUUGUUUGUUUGUUUGUUUGUUUUCGUUCUGUUCUUUAUCUCCAUGGAGGGCGAAAAAUAUGCGGAGGAGUUGGAUGUGGCCGUGAAAGCAGUUCACAUGGCGUGCUCCCUGUGCCGGAGAGUGCAACGCGGGUUAAUUUCAAGGUCCAGUGACGAGGUCAAGUCUAAGGAUGACGAUUCACCGGUUACUGUCGCGGAUUGGGGUGUUCAAGCCACUGUAAGCUGGUUACUAUCAGAGGUCUUUGGAAGUCAGAGUGUAUCAAUUGUUGCCGAGGAAGAUGUUCAAGCUCUUUGCAAAAGCGAUUCAGCAGGAUUGCUAUCGGCUGUUGUUGAUGCAGUCAAUGAAUGCUUAGAUGAAGCGCCUAAUUUUGGUCUUCAAAAACCUGAUAAACACCUCACUACCCAAGAAGUUCUCGAGGCCAUCAAGAGAUGCAACUCGACUGGGGGUCCAGAGGGAAGGCAUUGGGUGCUUGACCCUGUGGACGGAACUUUGGGGUUUGUGCGAGGAAAUCAGUAUGCUGUAGCUUUAGCUUUGAUUGAGGAUGGGGAAAUCAUCAUUGGAGUGCUAGGAUGUCCAAAUUACCCAAUGAAGAGAGAGUGGCUGAAUUAUCAUCACCAUUACUAUCAAAGCACCUCCCCAGCUACCAAUGAUUCGUGGGAGAAAGGAUGCGUGAUGUAUGCAAAGAGGGGCAGUGGUAAGGCAUGGAUGCAGCCACUACUCCGUGGAAAUGUGAAUUUUGAAUCACAGUAUGAGGCCAGAUUGAUCCAGGUUUCUUCUGUUGAUGAUCCUGCUCUGGCUACAUUCUGUGAGCCGGUUGAGAAGGCCAAUUCAAACCAAUCGUUUGCAGCAGGACUUGCUCGCAGUGUUGGACUCAGAAAGCAGCCACUGCGUGUCUACAGCAUGGUCAAAUAUGCAGCAAUAGCCCGAGGAGAUGCUGAGGUAUUUAUGAAAUUUGCAAGAUGUGGAUACAAAGAAAAAAUAUGGGAUCACGCAGCUGGUGUCGUUAUUGUGCAAGAGGCAGGUGGUGUGGUGACUGAUGCGGGAGGAAAACCCUUGGAUUUCUCCAGGGGAAUCUAUUUAGAAGGUCUUGACCGGGGAAUCAUUGUUUGCUGUGGCUCUACACUUCACGAAAAAAUUGUUGGUGCUGUUUAUGCUAGUUGGGAUUCCUCAAAUCUGUAGGACCUUGUAAAACAUGUGAUCAUUAUGACAACCACUGAACUUUAAUAAUGAUGGCAAGGAAAAUAAUCUGCUCGGAAGGCAUGCUGUAUUGCUACUGCUCACCUGCAUUGCUCAGAUUUUAACGUGCUCUAAAGAAAAGCGGGAAUGAAGCUAGUUCAGUGUUUUGAGGAUAUGGGCUUUCACAAAGCUAUACUGAUGGUAUAUAAGAAAAGAAUGUUGAUUGGGCAUCUAAUUUUUGUAUAUGUUGCUCAAUAUCGUCAUAAAUGAUAUUUAAGAUGGAUUUUGCCCUAGCUUUGUGCAUAACAGUCGCGAAAUAUACCUGAAGUCAGUGUUUUUGCUUUCAGUUGAAAAGGUGCAAGCAAUAGAUUUUAUGGGAUUCAUGUUGACCAGGGCCCUGGGACACUAGUUAAGUUUAUUUUAUUUGGGAUAGUUUGAUUUUUGAGGCACUGAUUGUGCAUAAUAUGAGAGAAAUAAGAGCAUUGGAAAUUAUAAAGUUUUCUUACUUGGAUGUUAAACAAA